AUGGAACCUCAUCCCCCUGCUAUGAACCGAUCUAAAGCAGCACACACUGCGCCAUUUUCUCCACAUACUGUUGACUCCACCAGCCAUGGCGUCCUCGUCGAGCGCCGCUCGCAUCACGAGGGUGGCGGUUACGACGCAUUCCGAGAACGUGGUCAGAUCGUCUCGCAGCCUGGGCCACCGUUGCAGCUCAGCACACGCCGACUGCAGGUGUUUAGCUACGUACUCGCGGAGCUCAGCAGUGCCACGACACUCCUGCCUGACUACACAAAGGCGAUCCUGAAUCUGUCGCGGCGGCUUGUCGGGGCGUGGCAGUCGGUGACGGCAGCCGCAGUUGCGCGGACGCGGUAUGAGCAUGCGCUGGUGUGGGCAGCUCACCAGUGCAAGAGCACCGAGCCCUCAGCUCUGAGGGUGUCGUCGUCAGCGAAGACGACGCUUGAGGGCUGUAGGGUUUUUGGAGCGACGCUGAGGCGCUCAUUGCACAGACAAGCACGAGCGAAAAAGAAGCGGAGAUGCUCCGUGCCAGUCACCGCCGCAGCUGCUACAUCGUCGCUGUCCCCCUCUGCUACUGCGUCACUUUUCGGCUUGGCGAGCUCAUCACACAAGCGCCGCCGUCUGACCCGAGAGGCGACGCCAGCGGCUGCAAGCGUGGACGCGACUGCGGUGGAUCGAAUUGUUGAGAAACCACCACCGCACUCCAACGCUCCCAGCGAUGAUGGCCCAUUGGGCCCGCCUAACGUUGGCUCGCCGAGGUCUUCCAGUAAGCAACGACGAGUUGAUGUCACAGCAACAUCGCCUUCACCUUCACUCUCUGAUCGCCGCCGUGGCGUCCGUCACGACCGCGCUGCCCACAAGCGCCGCCAUCAGUUUGUGCAAAGGAUGCUGCAGCAGCUGUGGCUGGAUGCCCAGGAGGCGGAGGACAAGGCAGGGCAGCAUGUGGAGUAUAUUCGUGCCUUAGUCGUCAACGCCCUGUAUCAACAGUAUUUACAAGUCACGGUCGAGGCUAGCUACCACGACCUGGCGCUGUAUCGGUGGCUCUCGCCGUUGUUGCUCUCGGCAUACCGUGGCGGCCUCGAGGCGGGGGGGCAAGAGUGGUUUCGCCACGGUCGUCAUCUGCGCCACCGCAGCGCGUUGGCGCACCCGGAGAGUGGGUCUCUCCAGCGUGCGCGUCAGCACCAAGCUGCUGUGCAGGUGGUGGCAGAUCUGCGGCUUCUACUGCGCGUGCUGGGACGCGCUCGCAUUUCGGCGAGCCCGUCCCGAGACACACGAGUGUACAGCGGCGGUGAUGAUGGCGACUCUGGCGUCGUCAUCGCAUCGCUAGCGACGGAGAACCGCAGCUCGCCCAGCUUGCCUGUGCCGCCACCUACCACCACCGCUCAGGGCGGUGCUUGCUCAGAGGAUUGUGCAUCCUUCGCCACCGUUGGAGGUGUAGCUGCCGCAGUAGCAAACAGUGAGGGGAGCAACAGUGACGGUGCGUCGGCGCGAUGGACUGCCUCAGCUGAUGGCAGUCGGGGCUCUUCUGAGCUCAGCCCCAGCGAUGGCUUCGACGACCACACGCUCGCGGUGCCGAUGCUACUGCAGUCUUUCUUACAGGCCUGCUUGUCAUUUGAUCCUACACACUGCGCCUUCACCCUCAUGUCACGAUGUGUUGUACUCGCCCAGCACGUCCGGUGCGGGGAUGAUGAGCAGACGGUGUCGUCCCCUGCCACGCCGGGUGGGAAAGGGGCUCGGCAGAAAGUGCACAGUGGAGUGGGCAGAGUCGAUGAAGGUGUAGCCGAUGGAGUGGACGGCGAAGAACCGCCACGGGAGCACUUUGGCCUUUUUUACGUAGUCAUCGCCCGCCGCGCUGUUGGUGCUUGUGCCUGCACUGCGAUGUGCUUCGGCAAUCACAAGUUCAUAUUUGUCUGCUGCCACGAUACCGAGGUGCUGCUAAGAGGGGCUAUGAUGACUACGGAGAGCAACGAGGGCGUGUGUGAGGGGAGCGAGGCGUCGACGGCAGCGACUGUAGAGGAGGAAGAGCGGCACUUCGCUCACGUGUCACGUCUAUCGGCGAAGGCUACUGCAACCGCGUCCACCUCGAAUGAAACGAGCGAAGGGGCUGAGAAGCUUGCAGGUGACGGCGCGCGGGCGGAAUUCUCCGCCUCCACUUCCUCAACGCUUGCGAUGACUGCAACGAUCAAGGGCCGCCCAAGCCGCUUCCACCUUUCCUGUCUCCACCCUCACAGGCCACGAAUGGACAAGUCAACGCCGUCGUCGCGAGUACGCGGAAUCAGCGCUCUCAAGGCACACGACGUACAUCGGCUCAAGCGCAGUGCCAAGGGGAACCGCGGCGGUGGCGGGGGCGGUCUCGUUGGCGAAGUGGGGUCGUCGCGUGGGGCGCCGCCUUCGCCCCACAGAUCGGCACCUCCAAGCGGCGUCCUACAAAGCACGCCUUCUCGACAACCAUAUUCACUGACGCCACCGUUCUUCUCACCAGAGUCCGACGAGGUGACACCCACGGCGACCACCGCGGGGCGUGGGGUAACGCUAGGCGUUGCGGCACUAUCGUCGUCGAUUGCCACAGCGAAGCUGUGGGAGCGCUCCGUAACUCGGCAGGUGCCCUCACCACAUGUGAAGCGGGCAUCCACGCAGGCGCUUUUGGCGACACAGGACCCUCCUUCCACUGACAGCGCCAGUGCUGCUGCACCGUGCCGAGGGUAUACCGCGGCUAACACAGUGCCAACAUCACCCGCAUCGACCCAGGGGAUGGUGACUGACAUCAGUAGUGUGGCCCCGGUGUCGGGUGCUUCCCUCCAGUCGCGCACCGCCGGGGAGGGCUCAACGUCAACGUGUCCGACCCUUGGGCCACUACUACGAGAGGCGACGAGUGUCUUUCCAGAAGACGAUGCUGUUGCCGAUGAGGAAGGCACUGACAGUGAAUAUUCUUGUGCCUCUGCGCCUAAUUCGCUACACAAGGGUUGCAGCCGGUAUGUGGUGAACGGCAGACUUGCGACGCAUUACACCGGCUCCGCAACACGUCUUAUGUCGAACUCGGAGCUUUUCUCAUGUCAGACUUCCUCGUCCACACCUCUCUCCUUUUCUUCUUCCGUUGCUGACACCUUCAGUGAUAGUGAGGAGGAGGAGGAUGCAGACGCUGUUGAUCGUGGCCGCCAUUUGCAGCCGAAUCACGGGCUCACCACCGAGCAUCGAGAUCGCAUCCCGAAAGGCGAUGAUGAGGGGGGUACGGCGGAAGAUGCAACGGUAGAAGACAGUGAUGACGUUUUCAGCGGCGGCGGGUCGCCAGUCUUUGUUGUCAUGCACUCACCCCUUUGCAGCUGCGGGGUCGAGGACAUGGCAAAGGAAUCAGGCAGGACUGCAGCGAGCGCGACUACGGCGUCCCCGUCAUUCACGGCAACAACGACACCCGAUUUCUUUGAGCCGAGUCAUUUGCGUCAAUACCAGUCCGACAUGCCGCUGGGGGACAGCAUAAAGGGGCUGUCUCGUCUUUUUUCUGUAUCGUACGAGCCAUACAUGGACUUUCCUUUCCUGUACUUCGAGCAGCGCGUGCUACUGCCACCUGGGAGUGGGCACGAAAGGCGUGUGGGGGGCCGACGCAGUGGUGGCGACGGUUAUACCGUUGCUCAUUCUCGCUCCCCCCUAGUUGGUAGUGGGCGGAUGAGUCCUUCUCGGACUUCGCCGUCCGCACGGGCGGCUGAGGCGGUCGAUACGCAAUUUGGCGGUGUCUGCACUCGUGCUCAUGGCACCGAUGUCGAAGCUGCUGCGGUAGCACAUGAAGUGACUGUGACUGUUCAAGAUGCUGACGUGCCGCUGAUGGGAGCGGUAGCGUCUACUACACCGGAUCCCGAGAGAGACGAGCAGUGCAACUUCGCACACGAAAAGCCUGCUGGUAUGCCGAAGGGUACAUCGUCCUGUCACCCGCAACACGCGCUCUGUGCUGCUGACACGUCAGCGGUGGAGCCAUCAGAGGGAGACUUGGCCUAUGCUGCGGAGCUCUAUGCACGGCUGCAGUUCUGGAGUCUGCGCGGCCAGGACCGAAGUGCGUACAUUGAUUCCUCGUGGUCGCAGCAAUUAAGCCAUGUGCGCCCUGAGGGGGCUGAAUGGACAGCAUCAUCCGCCUCUCCCAGUCUCGCUGGCAACGUGGAGGACCUGGAGGGACGGGCAGAGUUUAAUGGACAGGAGCCAACCGCACCGUGGCCCAGCCACACCACGGGUGUCGAUGCUCCCAGGAGAGUGCAUCACGGGAUGAGUCAUGGAGCUCUAGGCGCUGGGGAAAGAGGCAAGCUGGCGUCAGGUGCGAUAUUGCAGUCGUCCCUGAACUCGUCCGUCAACACAUCUGAGGCUGACGAAGUGAGUGACAUUAUCCGCCUUCCAUUCCGCCUGCUCCACUGCACGGUUGGCACCGUUGAGUUUGCCGAGGAGGCGGAGCUUGCAGUGCCGAGGGCGGGUGCCAGAGUGCGCAAGCGUCGACGUGCCGCGCGCGCCGAAGGGCGGCAGACAAAGCGACGGCCAACAGCGACGGAGGACCGUGAUACGACAGAGGAGGAAGAGGACGACCCUUCGGGCAAAGAAGAGCCAGUAUGCGCCGAGGAGCGUGAGAGAUUCCCGCACCUGCCUUCCUUCAUGACGGUCAAUGCCCGUGGCAAAGAGUUGCUCUUCGAGGCGCUGCGUGAGUCCACAGAGGUGGUGGUGUGUGGCGUGCGAGAGAGCCGCGCCCACACUGGCUACCAUGAUGUGCUUCAUCAGCGCUGCCCCUCACAGCCUUUAUCAACUCCGAUGCCCACCGUGCCGGAGACCAAAGCCAGUGUGUGCCCGGAGGGAGAUGCGAACAACGUAGGUUACGCCCCGCGUGCUUGUGCGGUGGCGGUGGCAACAAGUGGUACACCGUUGAAAUCGACGUGGGUCACAGCCGUGAGCCCGUGGACGGUAGCUACUGCUGCGGUGCAGGGAUGCAGCUUUCGUGUUGCAACCGGCACGCUCUCCCGUGAUGAGCGAAACCCCUUUGCCUUCGACACCCAUCGGCACCUAGGCGCGCGCGGCAUCGUCUGCUGGUCCCAGGGCAACAUCUCGCACGAAGAGGAGGAUGGUAACACCCCAAUGGACGCUAGCGGCGACGAGACUGUGAUGACUAUGGCGGCCCCAGCGGGCGACAGCGCGUCCCAUGGGGUGGAAGGGGCUACCGGCGGCGCUACACACCACCGCGAUCACAUGUGCUGCUCGGACUCUUCUCACAUGCCCAAGUGGCGGUGGCCGCGGCUUCCCGCUAAUGAUCACAAGCAGUGGCGCUGCGAACUGCUCAAGAGCGAGUUCCGCUUGGCCCGAUCAAGGUGUCUUGACUGCCUCCUCGUCGACCACACCCAUGGCCGCCCUAUCGCCGCGAUCACACUGGCUCCUCGCUCGUGGACGCAGACAUCAUUUGGCUCAGCCUUGGACGCCGCCUACAGCGAUGACUGCGACGGGAUCGGCGAGAAGACGCUGCCGAGGAGAUGCGCAGGGCGUCGUCGUGCUGACACCAAGGCUACUGACAUGCCGUCUCCACAGGACGUGGUGCAGCGCACCACCUAUGUCGUGAUUGGCUUUACUCACUACGUCGCCCCGCUGUGGCGGCACCUGCGAGAGGAGAAGGCGGUGCUGGUGGACAUGGACCGCACCCUCAUCGACAACGCCAUCACGGUGCGCUCGGCUGCAGAGCGUCAGCGUCACCUCCGUCAUGUGCAUCGCGUCGUGGAAGCCGCUGAUGGCGUAGCUGGGGCUGCAAACCCAUGCGUGCUCUGGCGCCGGCCCACGGCAGCGACGUCGUCGGCACUCUUCGCUGACGCGCCGUUCCGAGUUGGACGCAACGAUGCGCCACAACUCACGGCAGAGGAACUUGCCGAGUCCAUGGCGAGGGGGGUGGAUGAACAGCAGGAGAGCGUCUUGUACCGUAGCAGCAGCAGAGGACAUCACCACCACCACCGCUCUUUUUCUUCUUCAAACCAACUCACCGAAACUGUUGAGGACAACGGUGUACUGCGGCCGACCAUACGACAGAGGCCACUACACAGCCGCCAGUCAGCGCCGUCUCACACACCUGCUACAGCAGGCAACACCUCAGCCUUUUCCAGUGGCGGCUUGCUGCAUUGCUUCAUGCGCCGCACCGCAUCGCAGCGGCAGAGCCUCGGCAUCGUACACUACGAAGAAUGCGGCGCUAUCAAGUAUGAUGCUGGCUCCCUGCCGGCAUCAGACCCGGGCUUGGGGGCCGACUCGUCGUUCAAGAGCGGUCCCAAUCACAGCCGCCGAACGUGUGAGAGCGACGAUACCGAAAGUGUGUCAUCUGCGUCGAGCACCGAUGAGGAUGCUCUCAGAUUGAGCUAUGAGAAAUCUGCCGCUACCUCUGCCACUACCGCUACCGCUACCGCAGCUCCGACUGCGGCUGCGACGCCACCGACACGCUACUUCUUUGAUGUUGUGUACGUCCGCCCCGGUGUGCGCCAAUUUCUCUACCGCGCUGCCACCCAGUGGAACAUUCCGGUGGUGCUGGUGACGAAGUCAUCUCGGAGUCGCACGGAGGCCAUUCUGCGCCAGGUGCUUGAUCCACACCGAGUGCUCUUCCCCGACAUGCGAUCGAGCGUGGUGACGGCAGAUGAGAUGCUGCACUGGUGUGAUGGCGAGGCAGUGUGCCAUGAUGCCGCCGACAGGGGCAAGGAGGCGUGUAGGGAGGCGGACGUCGGCUUUGGGGACCCCGUAGGAAGACUGGCGGUGCACCAAAGCAGCUCGGCAGCAUCACGUAGUCCCGAUGCAGCUAAGGCGUACUUCGCCCCACCUCACACAACGGAGGCAAUAAGCACAGCUGAGCGCAUUGCACGAAGCCGCAAAGGUGCCCUGCGCGUUGUGCAGUUUGUUUUGGAUGCCGCCGCGAUGACGGCGGCCCGUCACGCGUGGCGCGCUCCGGCGUGGUGCGACUGGCCAAACCGCCUGCCGAAGCCGCGCAGCAUCGCUGUGCUGGACGACGCACCACAGGUAUGGGAGGAAUCGGACUGGAGGUGCACGGUGCACGUGGCCCCCUAUACACUCUCCCGCGUCGACCCGCGAGCGUACUUUAGCCGUCGCGGCUACGCCACUUCCCUCGUGCUCUCCUGCUUGUACGGGUCGAAGUGUUUGGUGUGCGGUGAGGGUGUGCUGUGUCUGCCAGAGCGGCAAGGGACUGAGACCGAAACAUCCUCGUCCUCUCCUCACAGCCCCUCGACCUCUCUGAGCGGGCCUGAGAGUCGUGAACUCAGGGCGUACCGCUGGCCGCAUUGCGUAUGUGUGUGCCCGCCAGACCAUCUUCGUGACAUCGCCCGCACGGAGGAGGGUGUGCCGGUCGGCUACACUAGCACGAGCUAUGGCGCCGCCACUGCUUCAGAUCUGUCUGCGAGCGCAAGAGCGAUACUAAGGGUGCUUCUCUGGCGCAUGUCAGGCAAGGCUGCGGUGUGCAGCUCCCAGAAGCCACUAUUGUUGCCGUCCAUCGAGGACUCUGCGACUACAGAGCAAGCGAGAGGUGGUGAGGGUCACGUUGGGGCACGGUGCCGCGGCUACCGCCGCCGACGUCGGCACCGGUGCCGCGCCGACGAUCUGGACGCAACUAUGGCGCCUGUCAGCGAAGAGUGGGCUUUAACUGUCUCCGCUACUGCGGACCGCGAGGCCCGGCGGAAGAUGGCCGACCCUGCCACGGUGGCACGGACUGCUGCAUCGAGACACGUCGGAAUGGGUACGCGGCCACGACACUUCGACACCUUCGACACUGAAGGCAUCGCGUCCCCUCCGUCCUCCUCGCUUUCAGUGUUUUCCAGUGCGUCAAGCCACACCUUCGCGUCUGCAUCGACCUCAGAACGCUCAGCUCUGACAUCAUUAUCAUCGUCACCGCCUCGCACGAGCUCGUCGUCGUCGUCCACUACCACCAACUUAUUGUCCUCCGGGCAAUUCGCAUGGGGCCCUGGCUUUGGCCAUGCGGCAGUGAACGCAACCCCCGAGACUGGCAGCUACACGCCGAGUACCAUGGUCACGGUAGCGUCGAUGCCGCCCACUCCGAUGGCCUUCCGUGCCUCCCCCGACCUGUCGCUUGAGUUCAAGGCGCUAGGCGGCGAGGCCGAGGCAGACGAUGACGAGCAGCACGGACUGGUAAUCAACGCGGGCAACUUAUCUGCCAACACUACGACUGGUAGUAGGAAUGCAGCAGGGGAGGAGGGGUCAGUCUUGCAGGCUCCCGCACCGGAGGACUACGCUGUUGCGACCACCACCUGCUAUGGAGCUCCUCGUUCGAACUCGUCUGAAGUAGAUAAUGUAAUUCCGUUGGAGAUGCGCGCGGCACCGUCCGUGCUGGGGCUUCUUCGCGCUCCAGGUAGUCCCAGUCAUUGGAUUGAUGAUGUAGGUGGGGCACAUGCAAUGGGGUCAGAAGGCUCGGCCAUGUCGUCUGCUGACUCUUAUCAGUCCUCUUGGCUGAACCGUAGCUUCACGUUUGUGCCCGCGGAGGAUGUCGUGCCCAUCAUCUCUGCACCGGAGACGUUUACCGAGGGGGUGGUGGCUAAUGUCGACGACUCAGUGCCGCUGGAGGCGUUCGAGGCACCGCUGCAGCGACCGCGGCGCUGGCGCCUCGAUGACCCGAGUGACGAGGUGGAGGAUGUCAUCCCUCUAUGA